GAAGACGAGGCGACGACUCAUCGGAGACUCCGUUGCCCGUACAAAAUGGCCACCUUUUCCACGGCUCUUUUCGUCGCGUCUUCCCAUCGUACGGACGAUCGUGUUUGUGCGCCCCACCCUUCCUUCCUUCCUCCGUAAGCUUCUCUCUAUUUCUCGUUUAAAACCAGGCAAAUCAUGGAAGUCUUUCUCUCACUCGCGCGCUUUCGCUUCCACUCACUUCCACGGUUCCACAGUGAUCGAUCAUCGCUGCUCAUUUCUCUACCCCGCGCAUGAAUUUGAGCUGUCGAUCGGAAAUGGCGACGGCGAUGAGGGAGCACGUAGAGGAGAUUCGAAAAAUGAAGUUCUCGAUCGGACAAGAGUUUAAGAAUCCACUCACCGAAGACCUUCACCAGGCGGUGAAGAUCUUCUCCGCUGAACUCUAUGCCAAAGACGUCCAUUUCCUCAUGGAACUCAUCCAGAAUGCUGAGGACAACGAGUACCCGGAAGGGGUAGACCCAUCGUUGGAGUUCAUAAUCACGUCAAGGGACAUAACGGGCACCGGAGCAUCCUCGACUUUGCUGGUUUUCAACAAUGAGAAGGGAUUUUUGGCUAAGAACAUCGAUUCUAUCUGCAGCGUUGGUCGCUCCACCAAGAAAGGCAACCGCAAGCGCGGUUAUAUUGGCGAAAAAGGUAUUGGUUUCAAAAGUGUAUUUCUAAUCUCAGCUCAGCCUCACAUAUUCAGCAAUGGCUAUCACAUACGAUUCAAUGAAGAGCCUUGUCCACACUGCAAUGUUGGGUACAUCGUCCCUGAAUGGGUUGAGGAUGACCCAAUUUUAUCUGAUAUAAAACGAGUAUAUGGUGCUGGUAAUGCCCUUCCAACCACUACAAUAGUAUUGCCUCUGAAGCCUGACAAGGUUAUUCCAGUGAAGCAGCAGCUCUCAUGUAUCCAUCCUGAAGUGCUGUUGUUUCUUUCAAAGAUAAAGCAACUUUCAGUCAAGGAAGAUAAUGAGGAUCCAAGGCUCAGUACUUUGAGUGCUGUAGCUAUUUCAAGGGAGACUGAUUUUGUGACAAGAAAAAACAUAGAUGCUGAGUCCUACACUCUCCAUCUCUCUACAGAUGAAGAUGGUGAGAAGUUUCAGAAAGAAUGCAGAUACUACAUGUGGAGACAGAAGUUUCCUGUCAAGCAUGAAAAUAGAGUUGAGAGGAGAAUGGAAGUAGAAGAGUGGGUGAUUACACUGAGUUUUCCGUAUGGAGAGCGUCUCCGUAGAGGAACAAGCUCACCUGGGGUCUAUGCAUUUCUGCCUACAGAAAUGGUUACAAAUUUUCCGUUCAUAAUUCAAGCUGAUUUUCUUCUGGCAUCAUCAAGGGAAACAAUUCUCUUUGAUGACAAAUGGAACCAAGGGAUUCUUGAGUGUGUGCCCCAUGCCUUUAUUAAUGCAUUUAAAUCUCUGGUGGUGGCAAGAGAAGGUGUUCCGGUAUCUAAUUUGCCUCCUUUGUUUGGGUUCUUACCCAUCAAUAGCUCUUCCUAUUCACCUUUGAAUGCUGUGAGGGAGUCAAUUAAAGUAAUGCUAGUUGAGGAAAAUAUCAUUCCCAGUGAAACAUACACAGACCAGAAGUUCUUUCAUAGACCUUGUGAAGUGGGUAGGUUAAUGCCUGCUUUCUGGAAUAUCUUGAGCAAAGCAAAGAUGCAAGGGGUGAGCUUGCAUAACCUCUCUUCUCAUGGAAGUUAUAUCCUGAAUUCUUCCUUUGAUCAGUCGAAGUAUAACUCAAUAUUGAAUUUCUUGGGAGUGAAAGCUGUUGAUAAUGAAUGGUAUGCAAAGUGCAUCCGAAGUUCUAAUCUUGUAUUGGGAGUCUCAGAAGACGUAUAUUUGGAGCUUCUAUGCUUUCUCGCUGAGAAUUGGUUGUUGAGAUUUCAAAAUUCCAACAUGAAGAGCAUACCACUGUUGAAAUAUGUCGAUUUCAAUUUAAAUGUCUCUUUAUGCACUAUAAAUGAAGCUGCACAGAGGAAGAGGAUGUUUAUAUCCCAUGAAAAUCAUUGUAUCUCAUGGUUGAUAGAUUGGAACAGGGAAUUCAGAUCUGUAGCUGGUUGGGAUUUUUUACCCAAAAGCACUCAGGAAGCUAUUUUCUCCUCUUCUCAGAGGGCGACAAUAUCGAAAUGGCUUAUAGAUAUGGUGAAUAUUACUGCUGUUAAAGUUUAUGGAUAUGCAGACCUCCUCGCUAACUCGCUCAAUGGUGACCGGAAGCUUGCUGUAGCGUAUGCUCACUUAUUAUAUCACUCUCUUUCAGGAGACUAUUUGACUGAGAGGGAGGCUAAAUACUUGUGUGAUAAAAUGCCACUUGUAGAUAAUUAUGGUUGCAUAGCCACACGAAGGAAUGGGGUUCUAGUCCCUGCUAAUGGGAGCCAAUGGGUGGAACUAAUUGGAUCUAACCCAUGGAGAGAUGAAGGCUAUUUGGAGCUGGGCGAGGAUUAUUUGCACUCGAGCAAGUUUGCAGGUGUAUGUACAGCCGGAAAAGAGAUGAUCAAGUUCCUGAAAAAACAUGUAGCAGCUUCUGACAUCCCUAAUCUAACACCUCCAGAUGCCGUGAUACCUUCUGUGUCAACUCCACUUACUAAGCGAAAUGUAUUCUUGCUUUUGGAUUGGAUUCAAAACAUGAGAUGUAAGAGGAUUCGCUUGCCUAAUAGAUUUCUGAAGUGCAUAAAGGAGGGGAGCUGGUUGAAGGUUUCUUUGAGUGGCAGUCCUGGCUAUAGGCCUCCCUCAGAGUCAUUCUUACUUACCUCUUCUUGGGGAAAUCUCCUGCAAAAUGGAUCAGUUUUAGUUGAUAUUCCAUUGAUUGAUCAGGAAUUCUAUGGGUGCAGAAUCACGGACUACCGGGAAGAACUGAUAACAAUUGGGGUGCGGUUUGAAUAUGGAGAAGCUUGCCAAUUCAUUGGGGAGCGGCUCAUGUUUUUGGCAGCUUCCUCAUCUUUAACUAGAAGCAAUGUCUUUUCAAUACUUAAUUUCAUCAGAUUUUUGAGAGAAAAAAUGCUUCCUGUUGAUGAUUUUGUACAUGCUGUCAGAGAAAGAAGAUGGUUAAGGACUUCCCGUGGUGACAUGUCUCCAGUUGGUUCAGUACUUUCUGAUAAGGAAUGGAGAGCUGCAUCGCUACUAAGUGAUAUCCCAUUUAUUGAUCAAGAUUACUAUGGCAAGGAAAUCCUUUCUUACAAAAAGGAACUUCAGUUGCUUGGUGUGAUAGUUGGGUUCAAUAAGAACUACCAACUUGUUAUUGAUUAUUUAAAACCUUCAAUGCAUAUAGAUGCUAGGACAUCUGAAUCUUUUCUCUUGAUACUGGAAUGCAUUCGUCAUGUGGGAUCAUCCAACAAGUUUUCCAGUACUCUGAAGGAUAGAAAAUGCUUGAAGACGAAUGUUGGCUUCAUGUGUCCUUGUCAAUGUUUCUUAUUCAAUGCUGAAUGGGGCUGUCUUCUGAAGGUGUUCAACAGUUUCCCACUUAUUGAUCUAGAAUUCUAUGGAAGCAAUAUUGGUUCGUAUGAAAAUGAAUUGAAGAAGAUUGGGGUUGUUGUGGAUUUUGAGGAUGCUGCCAAAAUCUUUGUUCAUCAUUUUCAAAAGCAAGCAUCAUUGUCUUCCAUAAAAAAAGAGCAUUCUCUUUCGUUUCUGGCAUGUUAUAAACAUCUAGCCAGAACGUCAAACAAAUUCCCAAGAGAUCUCAAGAAAAGCAUCUCUGAGGUGAAAUGGUUACGGACUCGCCUCGGUGAUUAUAGAUGUCCCAAAGAGUGUAUACUCUCUGGCCCAGACUGGAAAGCCAUCUCCCCGAUUGCUCUACUUCCUUUCAUAGAUGAUGGUGAGAAACACUAUGGAGAUGAUAUUCAUGAAUACAGAAAAGAGCUGAAGAGCAUGGGAGUUGUUACUGAAUUAAAAUACGGAGCAAAGUUUGUUGCUGCUGGUCUUUAUUUUCCAUCAGACCCUGGUUGCAUAACUCCUGCAAAUGUGAUGUCAUUGCUGGAAUGCAUCCAGAUAUUACAGAAACAGCAAGAAGGCCCCUUACCCGAAGCUCUUUUGAACAAGGUCUCUAAAAAAUGGAUAAAGACCCAUUUUGGUUACGCGUCUCCAGACAAUUGCUUGUUGUAUGAUGGUAUUUGGGGCGCUCUUUUACAACGGAAUGAUGGUCCUUUCAUUGAUGAAGAAUUUUAUGGUUCUAACAUUGCAUCAUACAGAAAAGAGCUCAAUGCGAUAGGAGUAACCGUUGAUGUGACCAAUGGGUGCCCGUUGCUUGCCAGCCACCUUGACUUCCAUUCUGAACUUACUUCUGUCAUUAGAAUAUAUAAUUAUUUGAACAAAUUCAACUGGAAACCUGAUGGUGAAGCUGAUAGAAAGAUUUGGAUCCCAAAUGGGAGUGACAGCGGAGAGUGGGUUAGCCCUGAAGAUUGUGCUCUUCAUGACAAGGAAGGUCUCUUUGGCUCGCAGCUGAACAUCUUGGACAAACACUACGAGCAGCAACUACUUUCCUUUUUCUCGAAUGCUUUUGGAGUUAAAUUAAAUCCUUCUGUGGAUGAUUAUUGCAAGCUUUGGAAGGUUUGGGAAAGCUCAGAACACCAAUUAUCACAGGCUGAGUGUUGUGCCUUCUGGGGACAUGCCACAAGGCACUGGGGUUUGAAGACUCCAAGAGCUCUUGUAGAUAGCCUGGUGAAACUCCCUACUGAUUCUGAUUCUGGUGAAAUUUUACUGUUUAACAAGGGUGACGUUUUCCUUGCUGAUGAUCUUCUGUUGAAAGAUCUUUUUCAGCAGUCUUCCCCUCGGCCUAUAUUUGUCUGGUGUCCUCGCUCAAGCUUGCCUUCCUUGCCUCGUACUAAGCUCCUUGAAAUCUACAGAAAUAUUGGGGUACGCACGAUAUCUGAAUCUGUAAAAAGCGAUGAUUUGUCCAUGAUAAAUAUUGAUGAGAAACCUGUGAAUUUAUUCAAGAAGGGGUUGUUCAAGCUCAUUCUUGGGUUUUUAGCAGACCCCUCUGUCCGAAUGGAGGUAGAAAGAAGGCAUGAAGUUGCUAAACGCCUUGUUAGUGUCUCUGUUUUUGAGACACCGCAACCAAUUGCAGUAAGCUAUAGUUUGUCUUUGUCUUCUGGGGAAGUAAUAACUGUGAGCGCAAGCCGAAUGAUCCGUUGGGAUAGAGAGAGUUCUAAGCUUCUCAUACAGAAGGUGGACAAGUCUGAAAAAAAAGAAGUCAUUGAGUUCGCGACAUAUUUUGCUGAAGUAAUCUCUGAGGGAUUAUUGUGGGAUAAAGAGGAAUGCAUACGCGGUCUCUCUGAGCUUAUAAAAUUGGCCAGCAUGCUAGAAUUUGACAAAGAAGCAAUUGAGUUCCUGAUGAAGUACAAUAAUCUGCAACUUUUUGCAGAGGAUGAGGACUUCAUCUCUACCACAUUUCCUUCAGAUUAGCUUCCAGCUUCCAUCUUCCUAUUUCAACAACGGGAUCGAUAGCCUUCCUGAAUUGUUCAUCCCGGGAUCAUACCGGGGAGACUGAGGGUGUGACUCCAGGAAGUCUAGUUGCAUCAUCUCAAAUAUUGAGCGAGAGCUAAGUCUGAACUUAUCCCAAGUUGCCAGUUACUGCACAUUAUGCAGCGAAGUGAGCCUCGGUUGAGUCGGCUAGGCAUUCACAAUACCAACACAUCUACUGCUUCUCUAAUUCUACAACGUCACGGGGUCGCAAUCUAAAUAUUUUUAUUUUUUCCUUUCUUUUGGGGGGUAGUGAGGAGGGAGGGGUGGGAGAAGUGUACGUAAAAGCAUAGUAAAUUUUAAGAGUCAGCUUAUAAUUUUGGCUUGGUUAUGGAAAUUCAUGCUGCUGCAAGGUUGCAUC